CGUCUUUCAUAUAUACCUGUUAUUUCCUGUUUACUGGAUCGAACUUGCCUCAUCUUUCUUCAGAAAACGUACACGGAAUCCGCUCCAUUGUUAAACCCGUAACUUCACCUGAAAAGCUCUUCAAAAUGACUGUCUCAGCUUCAAAGCACCCUCUAGACCCCCUGACCGCAGACGAGAUCCUCCAAGUCUCAUCCCUGCUCAAAGCCAAAACAUCAAGCAAGAGCCUUCAUUUCAAAAUGAUCACCAUUCUCGAGCCACCAAAAGCUCAACUUCGUCCAUUCCUGAUAGCUGAAAGAAAUGGAGGCCCUCAAUUAAGACCUCCCCGAAAGGCCUCUUCUCUCUAUUAUCACUUGGGAACAGCGGACCUCUUCCUCGCCGAAGUGAACUUGGACUCCAAUUCCGUCGAUAGCGUCAAGAAGCUAGCCCCUGAGCUUCAUGGCCAAAACGAUUUUGACGAGUCGAUGGCCUUGAGAGACGCUUGUCUCAGCCAUCCGAAGGUCUUAGCAGAGGUUAAGAAGUUUAAGCUUCCUGAGCAUUUGGAGGUUGUAUGUGAUCCUUGGCCGUAUGGACGAGACUCGGAGAAGAACUUGCCGCGCUACGUUCAGUGCUACCUAUUUGCACGAGCCCACCAUCCGGGAUCUAAUCAUUAUGAUACGCCGCUUCCAUUUUCGCCAGUUCUUGACAUGAUUACCAAGGACGUGGUCGAGAUCAUUCAACUUCCGACCGGUUCGGGAGCUGAGUUGAAUCAUGAUGCUGUAUUUCAACCUCACGAGGCGAAGGAGUAUCAUCAUGAGCUCCAGAAACAGCCAGAAAGGACUGACUUGAAGCCUUUGAUUGUUCACCAGCCUGAGGGUGUUUCUUUCACCAUCGAUGGGAAUCUGAUCAAGUGGCAAAAAUGGAGAUUUCGAUUGGGCUUCACGUGGCGCGAGGGGAUGGUGCUCCAUGAUGUCACUUAUGAUGGCCGAGAAUUGUUCCACAGGCUGAGCUUGAGCGAGAUGUUUGUUCCAUAUGGAGACCCGAGGUAUCCGUAUUCGAGGAAGAGUGUUUUUGAUGUUGGUGAUAUUGGGGCUGGUGUUGCUGCAAAUAACUUGGCUUUGGGUUGUGAUUGUCUUGGUGUGAUCAAGUACUUUUCAUUCGUCAUCAGCAAUUUCCAAGGAAAACCUGUGGAGAAGCCAAAUGCAAUAUGCAUGCACGAAAUAGACGACGGCAUUGGAUGGAAACACACCAACAGCAGAACAGGAGCUGUCUCCAUUGUUCGCUCCCGAGUUCUUGUCCUCCAAACUAUCAUUACUGUUGGGAAUUACGAGUAUGUCUUCAUGUGGCACCUUGAUCAAGCAGCUGGACUUCACUACAAGAUCCAAGCCACAGGAAUUCUAUCAACAGCACCCAUAGAUUCUGGUACAGCCGUACCCUGGGGAACGAACGUCAACGAAGGUGUUAUGGCACCUUUCCAUCAACACGUUUUCAGUCUACGUAUUGACCCCACCAUUGACGGCGACAACAACAGCUUUAUCGAAGAGGACUCUGUCCCCAUGCCAAUGGACGAUAAGAAUCCAUUUGGAGUAGGCUAUGUAACCAAGACAAAACUUCUCUCAAGGUCCACACCCUCCGACUCUGCUCCAAGCCGGGUACACAAAAUUAUAAACUCCUCCAGCAUCAACAAAACUUCAGGAAAGCCUGUUGCAUACGCAAUCCACAGCCCAGCAAAACAAAUGCUUCUCGCUCACGCCAAUUCCUGGCAUGGAAAAAGAGCCAAGUAUGCCUUCCACCCCUUCUGGGUAACUGCUCACCGAGACGGCGAGCUCUAUGCUGCUGGAGACUACACCUACCAAUCCCUUCCCGACAACACCAGCGAUCUUGGGGCUUGGGCGGAUCGCAAGGACAAGACCGAAAAUACGGACAUUGUGAUCUGGCAUUCGAUCAGCUUGACGCAUAAUCCUAGGACAGAGGAUUAUCCUGUUAUGCCGUGUGAUACGAUGACGGUCAGUCUGAAGCCGAGUGGGUUCUUUGAUCAGAACCCGGCUUUGGAUGUACCGCAGAGUACGCAGAAGUCGAAUGGGAGUCGGUUGGUUGAAGAUACGGCGCUGAUUGCCACUAUUGGGGGCCAGAGUUGUGGGAUGAGGGCGUUGAAGUUGUAAAGCUGGAUAAUAUGAGGAAUUUGUUUGCAUAGAGAGAUACAAUUUAGUGAGUUUCUUUUAGGGCAUUUUGGUUGCAAUGUUCUAGGAUAUUGUGGGGCAUUUAAAUUCCUGGUGAUUUCCCCGAAGUUCGCGUCCCCUAUUCACCCUACAAGUAGCAAUAAAUUCCCUUGAAGGUGACUCCAGAAUAAGGUAAUUGCCGAAUCUUAUUUAAACAAGGAGAAAGACUACUUUUUGGCAACUUACUACAGGCCCCACAACUUCAGGAGCUUUACCUCUACCUCUACCUCAACUUACACCAAGAUGAAUCAGCCAAGCUUGCUCCCCGAGGAGUUAGAAGCCAUGCAUGCCCUAU